AUGAAAAAUGUACUGUUCAAAAAGAUGACACACUUUAAGUGGAAAUGGAUGAAACUACAUAAGACAAGUUGGAAAAGUAGAUAAACGAAUAAAUAUUCUAGUAAAUAAAGGCAAAACAAGAUUAAUAAAGGUCAGUUAGAUUACUCACAGAUAUUAAAAAAGGACUAUCAGGAAUUGUUGAGUAAUUUUAGUACAGCCAACUUCAAAAAAUAAAUAAGACUAAUUUAUAAUCAUUGUCAAUUGAAGAGAUGUCAACCUAAGUUCAAUAUAUGUUCGAAAUACUAUUUGAUUAAUUUUCUAAUCUAGAUGUAAACGAAUAGGAAAUAUAGACAAAACUUCAAUAAAAACGAACAUAGAUAGCAAAAAGAUAAACAACAGCAAUAAGUGAAAAAAAUCAAAAUAAUUUUUCUGAAAAGGAAUUACUUGAUGACGAACAAUCUGAUUCUUUAAAUUGAAAUAUCAUACUAUAAUCUAAUUAUAUUUGAUUAAAAUAACAAAAAAAACUAAUUUUCAAAUCUAAAUAGAGUUAAUUAUUGUAUAAAAGUGUGUUUGAGUUUAUUAGUCAAAUAAUUUAUUCUAAAAUUUAUUUAUUUAUAUUUCUUUUUUAAUUUAAAUUUUAUUUAUUAGUUAGUCUUUUUUGAAUUAAAAGCAAUAUUUUCUUUCAUUUAAUAAAUGAUUUUUAUGAAAAUAUUUUGUUGA